AUGUCGCGCGCCUCGCAGCUCACCCUUGCCGGCACGGGGCUAUUCGCCCUGGGCACAGUCGUGGUGGUACACUUCCAGCAAAAAUGGGAAAAAGACGCUAUGCACCAUGGUGUCGUUCGCGACAUGGAACAGCAGCGGAUCAAGAAGGAACGCCAACUCGACUUCGAUAUGCAGAAGGUCCUGGAGGCCGAGUACAAGAAGGGCCAGAGCGUUCGCGAAUCGCCGGAUGAUAUACCAGCGAAGGGAUUGCCGGAUCGGUAG